GAGCUUCUUCGCUCUGGGUUCGUUUCGUUCUGCCUAGGAAAGUUUUCUUACAUCAUCAUCCUCACCGAGGCGGAUGUACCAAGAGUUUCUGUAAACUGCGAGCCGAAGAGGGUCACCUUUAAUGUUUGCGUGACUCCAGCUCCUUCCAGGUGGAUUUAGCUUGAAUUUGGUGGGGGUGUUCCGGCGGUUGUUUGCGCUCCAGGCGGCCGGGCCUUCGGCCCAGAUGAUAGUGACGGGCAGCAGCGGGGUGUUGGGAGCUGGUCAGCGAUAAGAGAUAAACUGGGUGAAAGGCGGCUGUCAGUGGCUGAUAAAGCCUACAGUAACGGUCCAGAAGACCCCGCAAUGUAGCGCCGACAAGCGUCAUAGCCGAGGAUAUGGAGUGCUGAGGGACUCUGCUUGGACUGGACCGAAUCAGUCAGUCAGCGGUUCUGAAUGAGACAUCGAUAUUAUCACUUGAUUUGCUGAAUCAAAUCGGGGACAAUGAGGCUUUUAAUUCGCAUGAACAGGAUGCACUUCAAUAAACUAAAGCUGGCGCAGUCCAGGUUGCUGUGCCUGGAGCACCGGGCCCUCCUCUCAGCCGCCCACCGGAGGAGGAGGCUGUCCGCCGGCCUGAAGCCCUCCGCGUGUCCGCCACCCAGCCACGUCCUCUCCGUCUCGUCCUGCAGCGCGUUGACCGGCGGACUCUCUUCGCUCCGUGGACGGACUGUCGCUCACACACCUGCUGCUUUCGCCAGCUCGUCGGCGGCCUCCACACCUGCUGGGUCCGCCGAGAGCCAGCGGGCCGCCGUCCCUAUGGAUGAUGUGAAACGGGUUCUGGGUCUCGCUCAGCCGGAGAGAUGGAGACUAGCAGCCGGCGUUGGCUUCCUCACCGUCUCCAGCGCCGUGACCAUGUCGGCUCCCUUCUUCCUGGGCCGAGUCAUAGACACCAUCUACACGUCCAGCGCAGACACGGAGACGAUGACGGCCUCUCUGACGUCCCUCUGCCUCAUGCUGACCGGGGUUUUCCUGUGCGGCGGCGCGGCGAACGCUGCCAGAGUUUACCUCAUGGAAGCGUCAGGCCAGCAGAUAGUCCGUAAUCUCCGAGCAGCGGUUUUCUCUGCCGUCCUCAGGCAGGAAGUGGGUUUUUUUGACAAGAACAGGACUGGCGAGCUCAUCAACAGGUUGUCGUCUGACACGUCAGUGGUGGGAAAUUCCAUCACAGACAACCUGUCAGACGGGCUGAGAGCCGUCGCUCAGGCAGCGGGCGGCGUCAGCAUGAUGUUCUAUGUGUCUCCCAGUCUUGCGAGUUUCGUUUUGAUGAUUGUUCCUCCCAUCACCAUUCUUGCUAUCAUCUAUGGUCGAUACCUUCGCUCCAUCUCCAAACGAACACAAGACGCACUUGCACAAGCGACACAGCUGGCGGAGGAGCGGAUCAGCAACAUUCGGACGGUUCGGGCCUUUGGCAAGGAGCUGUCAGAGGUCGACAAGUACACACAGAAGACGGACUUCGUCCUGAGCCUGGCCAAGAAGGAGGCCUUCAUCCGAGCCGGGUUCUUUGGAGUGACUGGUCUGAGCGGUAACCUCAUGAUCCUGUCGGUGCUCUACAAAGGAGGCCUCCUGACGGCCAGUCAGCACAUGACGGUGGGGGAGCUCUCCUCCUUCCUCAUGUACACCUUCUGGGUGGGCAUCAGCAUCGCAGGUCUAAGUUCGUUCUAUUCAGAGCUGAUGAAAGGUUUUGGAGCCGGAGCCAGACUCUGGGAGCUGCUGGACAGGAAGCCUGAGUUUCCUCUAAAUGAGGGACGGAUCCUUUCUCCAGAUCAGCUCAAAGGCCAGCUAGAGUUCUCCGAUGUCUCUUUUUCCUACCCGACACGGAAGGACGCUCCUAUUUUCCAGAAUCUGAACCUCGUGGUGCCAGCGGGAACCAUCAUGGCCGUGGUGGGGCCCAGUGGCUCGGGGAAGUCCUCCCUGGUGUCUCUGCUGCUCAGGCUGUAUGACCCACAUGCUGGUACCAUUACCAUAGACGGUCAUGACAUCAGGGAUCUGAAUCCCUACUGGCUCAGGAAUCACAUCGGGACUGUCAGCCAGGAGCCAGUUUUGUUUUCCUGCUCCAUCAGAGAUAACAUUGCAUACGGCGCCGUCGACCCAGACGCUGUGACUAUUCAGGACAUCCACAGCGCCGCCAGAGUGGCCAACGCCUAUGACUUCAUCCAGAGCUUUCCCAAAGGCUUUGACACACUGGUGGGGGAGAAAGGAGUGCUGCUGUCAGGUGGUCAGAAGCAGAGGAUAGCCAUCGCCAGAGCUCUGCUCAAGAACCCAAAGAUCCUGCUGUUAGACGAGGCCACCAGUGCUUUGGAUGCUGAGAACGAGUUCCUUGUUCAGGAGGCUUUGGAGAGACUCAUGGAAGGGAGGACGGUGAUGGUCAUCGCUCACCGCCUGUCCACCAUCAAGAACGCCGACUCCGUGGCCGUCCUGGACCAGCAGCGGGUGGCCGAGUGCGGCCAGCCCACGGAGCUGCUGGGAAACAGGCAGGGACUGUUCAGGAAGCUGAUGGAGAAGCAGGCGUUCCUCCAGGAAGAACAGCAGCGAGCGCUUCUCUGAGGGGAGAAUCAAAUAUGAAUAGGCAGGUUGAGAGCAGAUUUCCUGAGACUGGAUCACAUUUGGACUGAAGCCGGGAUUCACUUAUUCCUGGACUCUGAUUUAAUCUGAGUAAGAACUGAGGACAAACUUUUUACUCGUUGGACGUUUGAUUUCUAAAUCAAACCUUCCCACUUGCUAUGAAACACUUUGUGUGAUCACUUUAUACAAAUCAGCCAAAAACACUGCUAAAUGUAUAUGUAUGUAUUGGUGUCUGUAUAUCUAAUUAUUUUAAAACUUGAAGCUUUUUACUGCUCUUUUCAGGGCCUAAAUAAAUACAAGCAGCUAUUUGUGGUUUUUACACUGUACUGAAGACGUUAUUGACCAAUAUGUGCUCAUUUGUUUGGAAAAGUUUGGCCUAUAAAUUGUUUUCUUUGUAAAAUUUUCUUUCUUCAACUUGAGUUACUGACAUUUGGUUUGAAGUGGCUGCUAUAAAGCUGCUCAACUUGACCGUUUUUCUGAAAGCGGGUCGAGUCUCCAAACCAUCGUCAGAAUCAGACGUUGUCGGACUUUAAGCUGCAGUAUGUAACUUUUAUAAAAAAUAUAUUAACUUAUUUGUUGAAACUGUCGCUAUUUCACCAGUUUAAUAUGAGACAGAUAAUCUGUGAAAAAAAUACCUGAGCUCGCUGCCUUCUCCCACUAGAAACAACCAAUCAGAAUCAGGAGGCGGGUCUUAGCGUUGUCAAUCACCCUCUGUGUGGCGUUAGCAUAGCCUGUCGGGAAUGCUCAGGCUAGUCAGCAUGACCAUUGAUGAUGGCAGGUAAACAGCUUUCCUGCAGCAGUGAGUUGUUUAUUUUCCAUCACCACAUUUACCAGCGAUUACAUGUGGGUGAUUGACAGCACUAAAACCUGUCUUCUGCCUCUGAUUGGCUGUUUUUGGUGGGGGAGCAGUGCAUUUCUUCAGAUAGCAAUCGUAGCUCAGGGUGAGAUCAACCUUUUUACAGAUUAUUUGACUUAUUUUUAUAAACUUUAGAUUCUGCAGCUUGAAGGUUUUCUGUUGAAAAUUGGAGAGUAGAUGUAUAACAACUGUAUGUCUCUCAGAGAUGUAAAUAUCUUUAUAAACAUGUCAAAAAACCACUGAACUGUUCACAGCAAGCUAAAUAUUACAGCUGGCAAAGAAAUCCAGACUCAUAAGGAAUAAUUCUCUUCAUGAAACAUUUAAAAAGUCUGGAUUAAAUCUCCUCUUUUUUGUAAUAUCUGACUUUUAAAUGAAAACCUAAUUUUAAGCACCAAACAACAUUUUUACUCCUUCCCCCCAUACGAUUGUAGAACUACAAACAUAUAAUGUCUAGUAUAUAUAUUAAUUAUUUACAAAAAAGAAUAAAAAGAUGUGCACCUUUGAUACAAGUGCUGCCAUCGCAGAACCGCUCUGGUCCUUUUAAUAUAAAAGUAUUUUUUUAGUCUGAGUUCAUAGGAGAGAUUGACGUGGGGACUGAGAACAAAUCCAGCGCUGAACUUUCACUAAAUCUUCGUUUUGUGUCUGUUGGUUUGUGGUUUUGUAAAUGUGUAGUCAUUAAAUAUUUAUUAAUUUAAGUUUGUAGAUUGUUUGGCUGCAGAAAAUGAGUUCAGUUUAUGUUUUUUGUUUAUCAUUUUGUGGUUUGUUUUACCCUGUUUCAAUUUAAAAGUGUCUUGUUUUAGCCUCUAUUCAGAUUACAGUUUUCCAUUGUUGUGUUUAUUAAUCAUUUCACUUUAUGUUUUUAGUUUCCUGUUUGAUCUUUUUUGUGUUUGGUAAAUGUUGAAAGAGAAGGAAAUGAAAUCGAGUUCAUCUGAUUCACUUCAGGUUGGAUGAAAUUAUCAAAUUGAUUUAUUUGUCAAUGUAGGAUGAAUGUCAAAUUUUAAAAAUUUUAAAGGUUUUUAAUAUGAAGCUGUAGAAAAAUAACCUAAAUUUUAUCCAUAUUUUAUAUAGUGUUAUUUCUGAAAAUAAAUAAAGUGAAAUAUAAAUUUUU